AAUGCAUGUUUAGCCAGACAUAUGCAAUAUUUUCUAAGAUACUUCUUUGAUGUUGUUAUUGAUACGAAGUCAUUCUGCCAAACGAAGAAAACAAAUAUUGCUCCAGGAAAUUAAUCUAGUAUUCCUUAUAACCUUACUACUAUCUUUAUCCAGUGUCUCAUUGAACAACAAUGACCUCCAAAUACUGCACCCUGAUCUUUCAAUGUCCAUUUCAAACGCGUCCAUAUUAUUUGGAGAUCUGAACCAUUGGCUCGAAGGAGUGUCAGUCAGCUUCUGUGGUCCCGCCCCCUUGCUCAAAUAUCAAGCGGUGAAUGGUCAACAGACGGGUUGCUACUGUCUUUGCUCGUAACCACAGCGACUUAAUCUGGACCUGGAUGCGUGCUGGAGGAACCUGUUCGCAAUAACAGAGGAUAAAACACUCACUCGAACAUCUCCAGUGGUCAGGUCAACGGAUAGAGAUGCUGUCGGCUUCGCUUAGCACGUUUCACCUGGGCGACCGGAGAGUUUGGUCGAUGUGAGCUUGAGCUUUUUGUUCUGGUCCCGGACGCAGAGCAGCGAUCGCGCUUUGAGAAGAUGAUGCUAAGUCGGCUGAUGAGUGGCAGCGUCAGAAACCUGGAGCGAGAAUACAUGUGUACGGUCAGGCUGCUGGAUGAUACUGAGUAUACCUGCUCCAUUCAGAGGGAUGCCAAAGGCCAGUAUUUGUUCGACCUCAUUUGCCACCAUCUAAACCUACUGGAGAAAGACUAUUUUGGCAUUAGAUAUGUCGAUCCAGAUAAGCAACGGCACUGGCUGGAGUUUACCAAGUCAAUUUCUAAGCAGAUGAAAUCACAACCUCCAUUCAUCAUGUGUCUGCGGGUAAAGUUCUACCCACCAGAUCCUGCUGCUCUAAAGGAGGAGAUCACCAGGUAUCUCGUCUUCCUGCAGAUCAAAAGAGAUCUGUACCACGGUCGUCUCCUCUGUAAAACAUCGGAUGCGGCCAUGUUGGCAGCUUACAUCUUGCAAGCUGAGAUUGGAGACUAUGACCCAGGAAAGCAUCCAGAGGGCUAUAGCUCAAAGUUCCAGUUCUUCCCCAAGCACUCAGAGAAGCUGGAAAGAAGGAUUGCAGAGAUUCACAAGACAGAGUUAAUAGGUCAAACUCCAGAAACAGCUGAGCUGAAGUUCCUGCAGAAAGCACAAAUGCUUGAAACAUAUGGUGUAGAUCCUCAUCCGUGCAAGGAUGUAUCUGGUAACCCGGCUUUCCUCGCCUUCACUCCGUUCGGUUUUGUUGUGCUUCAGGGGAACAAGAGAGUCCAUUUCCUCAAGUGGAACGAGGUGACCAAACUGAAGUUUGAAGGAAAGACAUUCCAUAUAUAUGCAAAUCAGAAGGAGGACAAAAAGAUCAUCUUGACAUACUUCACACCAACUCCAGAGGCCUGCAAGCACCUUUGGAAAUGCGGUGUUGAAAAUCAAGCCUUCUACAAGUUGGAGAAGUCGAGCCAGGUUCGUACGGUGUCCAGCAGUAACCUGUUCUUCAAGGGGAGUCGUUUUCGCUACAGUGGAAGAGUAGCCAAAGAGGUAAUGGAACAGAGUGCAAAAAUUAAACGGGAACCUCCAGAAAUACACAGGGCUGGCUUGGUGCCCAGCAGAAGCUGUCCAUCCAUCACGCAUGGGCCGCGUCUGAGCAGUGUCCAACGGACCCGCCGGAGAGCUGUACACAUAUCCAUCAUGGAAGGUCUGGAAUCCUUGCGGGACAGUGCCCACUCCACUCCAGUGCGCUCCAUGUCCCAUGGCGACUCCUUCAUCCCACGUUCACGGAGCCAGGCAAUGGACUCGGGCGAUGGGACAGCAGUCAUCUCUGAUGAGAGUUACAGUCCCUCUGACAGUGUACUGCCCACACCGGUGUCCGAGUACAGCCUGGAGCUGGCAGUCUCACGACAGAUCAACGGUGCCACCCGCAGCAUUGAGGAGGAGAAAGAGUCAGAGGCGGGAACGCCCACCGUGGGCGACAUGACCGAGUUUGGAGUGGACAGUUUAGUCAAAAGCAUAGCUGGGGAGGCCGCGCUCAGUGAGACGGAACAGGUGAAUAAGUUUGUUUUAAGUGUACUCCGUCUGCUCCUUGUGACCAUUGGACUCCUUUUUGUCUUGCUCCUCCUCCUCAUCAUCCUCACUGAGUCCGACCUUGACAUUGCAUUUUUACGUGAUAUCCGACAGACCCCUGAGUUUGAGCAGUUCCAUUACGAAUACUUUUGUCCCCUCAGACGGUGGUUUGCCUGCAAGCUCCGCUGGGUGGGCGGGCUGCUCAUUAACAAGUGAAAAUGAGGCACUAAAGCUCGUAAAGCCUCCCUUGUUGGGGUUGAGAAGACGCUAAACACGUGGAGAGAGAGAGAGAGAGAGAGAGAGAGAGAGACGGAGGGCAUCGACCUGUCCCAUGAACCAUGAACCCAGUUUCUUUCAUGACACUCCUGCUGACACAAGGGGGACAACCAGGCCCACAGCUCCUCCUCUUCCACUUUUGGUUCUUUCUCCCCCAUCCAUUUUUACACCCUUAUUUCUGUCUUCUUUUUUUUUUUUACAAAGACAAUUUUAUUAUUUAUUUAUUGGUUUCCUUGUUUUGGAUUUAAGGUCAUUUCAGGUAUUUUAUUUUUACAAAAAAAAAAAAAAAAAAAAGGGAAUAUGAAAUAUUUUGCUGCAACAAGAGAAUGUUGCCUUCAGUUAUAUUUAUUUUACAAUAAUAAUUAUUAAAGUCUUAUCAAAGAAUGUUGUGCAUUUAGUCAAGUUGGUAUGUUAUAGUGGGUUUGGAAAGAACGACAAAGUUGAAAACCAAUGCUUUUCUGAGUUUAUGCAUAAUUCAUAUUCAUUCAUCAUUUAACUCUUUAGUAAAUUCUAAAGGCUGCUAUAAUUUACCACAUCAAUGAUCAGAUCAGCAGAGGGUUAUAUGUAAGGUAAGAAUGUGCAAGCUAUUUUGGAAAUGAAAGCUGAGG